AUGAGCGAGGAAAUCCGGCUCAACGACUCCCAGUUGGGGUCCCAGGAAUACAGGCGCCAGCCGCUCUCCGCAGCGCCCCCCGGCGCUUCUCAUACUGACGCCUCUAGCUGGAACCAGUUCUACCGCAAGGAAAUCGAGAACUUCGGCCAGAACGAGCAGGACACGGGCGAGUGCUGGUUCGACGACUCGGGCGCCGAGCGCAAGGUCGUCGACUUCUUCUGCCUGCUUGUGGACGAGCACGAGGUGCCGCCCACGGCCCGGCUCGUGGACUUGGGCACGGGGAACGGCCACUUGUUGUUCGAGCUUUUCGAGACCAUUUGCGACGAGUGCCCCGACGCCGGGUUGCAGUACCACGGCAUCGACUACUCGCCGGACUCCGUGGCGUUUGCGCAGCUGAUUGCACAGAGACGGUACCCGCAGCAGCGCUUCACGUUCGAGACGGUCGACUUCAUCUCGCAGGACUGCGCCUACUUGGCGGAAAACGCCGGCUCCUUCGACGUGCUCUUCGACAAGGGCACGCUCGACGCCAUAGCCUUGAACAACGACCCCGUGCCCGGCUUUGGCGGCAAGAUCGGCUCGCAGGUGUACCCGAUCCAGGUGGAAAAGUUGAUGCACGCGGGGUCUCUUUUGAUCCUCACUUCCUGCAACUUCACCGAGGCCGAGCUUAUCCAGCUCAUCACGCAGAACGGCACCAACGCGUUGCGCGUGUGGCGCAAGAUUUCCUACCCGUCCUUCAAGUUCGGUGGGGUCGCCGGCUCGACCAUAUGCAGCAUAGCGUUCGUCAAGGACAAGUAG